GAAUUUUUUUCUUUAACAAAAGCAGAAUUCUGAGCAUUAUUUGUCUAUACCUGUUUAUAAUAUACGAAUACGAGUGCUUUACUACUAUGGAAACUUGAAGUGUUGAAGUUAUUAGGAUCAAACAUAGACCUGUUAUUAAAAUUUUAAAAUCAAUAUCAUUUUUCCGUAUACGAAAGUUGAAUUGUAUAAUAUUAUCUGUCUGUACUCUGAAUUGUUAACCCAAAAUGAAUAUAUUAAUGUGAAAAACACAACUCUGCUAAUAUAUUAUAAAGUACUUUGGCAUUAUCCUUGGCCUAUGGUCUUUGCAAAAAUAUUGUUUUCUUCCCACUUCACUCAUUGCAAAGUGAUCUUCUUUGCUAAAAGAUACACUUCUGAUCUGAUAUCCACUAGAACAUUAAGAUUUAGCAGAAACCAAGAUGGUAGGUACCAAUACAAAUGAGGUUCCAACCAAUUAUGACAGAAAAAGUGAACUAAAAGCUUUUGAUGACACCAAGGAAGGUGUUAAAGGCCUUGUUGAUGCUGGGAUCACUGUGGUUCCUAGAAUUUUUCAUCAACCACCAGAUCAGUACUCCAUCAACAACAACUUUGAUUCAGAAGCCACCCAGUUUAGCGUUCCAGUCAUAGACCUUGAAGGCCUCGAGUUCGAUAGACCAACAAAACGCAAGGAGAUUGUUACAAAAGUUGGAGAGGCAUCAGAGACUUGGGGAUUUUUUCAAAUUGUGAAUCACGGAAUACCUAUUGAUGUUUUGGAGGAGAUAAAGGAUGGGGUACAUGGGUUUUAUGAGCAAGACACUCAAGUGAAGAAACAGUUUUAUACUCGAGAUCACUUCAAACCUGUGGUCUACAAUAGCAACUUUGAUCUACAUAGAGCACCAGCGACUAAUUGGAGGGAUACUUUUAUGUGCUACAUGGCUCCUAAUCCUACUAAGCCAGAAGAUAUGCCAGAAGUAUUCAGAGACAUACUUAUUGAGUACUCCAAGCAAGUAAUGAAAUUGGGGAAGUUGUUGUUCGAGUUGCUGUCGGAGGCUCUUGGGCUAAAGCCAAGUCACUUGAAUGACAUAGAUUGUAGUUUAGGGCUUGUGCUUGUAGGCCAUUACUAUCCCUCAUGUCCACAGCCAGAGUUAACUCUGGGGACAAGCAAGCACGCUGACAAUGACUUUAUCACAGUCCUUCUGCAAGAUCAUAUUGGCGGUCUCCAGGUUCUUCAUCAGAACAAGUGGAUUGAUGUACCUCCUAUUCAUGGGGCUCUAGUAGUUAACAUUGGAGAUCUUCUACAGCUUAUAUCAAAUGAAAGAUUCAAGAGCGUAGAGCACAGGGUACUAGCGAACAGUGUAGGUCCAAGAGUGUCGGUUGCAAAUUUCUUUAGCACAGGUAUGCUACCAUUGGGGAGACUCUAUGGACCUAUCAAAGAACUAUUGUCAGAAGACAACCCUCCAAAGUACAGAGAGACAACUAUAAGGGAAUAUAAUGCCCACUUCAUUGAGAAAGGCCUUGAUGGGACCUCUGCCUUGACUCAUUUUGAGCUUUGAACUUGGAGAUAGAGGAGCAGUACAGCCCUGAACAAAUAUUUAACAGCCUCUUCUUUAAAUUUUCAUAAAAUCUCUCUGUUGUGGUUAGAUAAUAGUGUUCAUGUAGUUGUUAAAUCAUGUUUGCCAACAAAAGUGGAUUGUUUGUACAUGCCUUAUGCAGGACAUAUGUCAAAGUAAUUAACGUAGAUAUUUGUCUUGGCCUGCUCAUUGUAAAAGUUUAUUGGGAAUAUUUGGACUUCUUUUUUA